UCUGCAACUGUCGAUCCGGGAAUUCACUAGAGCAAUGAAUAUUUACUCAACGGAUUUCAUUGAUUCACCGGACACUUUUGCUACCUUGACAAGGGAAUCCGAGUUCCCCUAUUUCAAGGCAUUUUAUGAAUAUGAAGUCAAGAGAUCCGACAGUCUACCGUGAGAUGUCAAGCUAUCAAAAGCUAGUGAGGUGAAACCGGAAUGGUGGCUCAUUCACCACGAGAUUGCUAGGUCGGUGGGAGGAAAUAACCAGAGCAACGGAAACUUAACUGCCUGAGACGUCACCUUCUUUUAUAGUAUGCAUCUACCCCAAUUUCUUCAUCUCAGUUUGGCUAUCUUAUCUAUCUUCAAGUGUUAUGAGAUGGAUCAUCGGCUCACCGCACUUCAUGGAGGAGUUUUUUUCACUCGUCUAGCCAAGUAUUUCCAAGUUGACUUCGGGGCCGUGCAAUUUCAUUUGGAUAGUAGGACCACUCCUAUAUCCUUCGAAGUCUCGAAGUCAAAACUCAAAGUUCUACAAAUGAAUGAUGAUGGCAUUUGGGGAGUACGGGGACUUCCGUUUCCAACCAUUAAUAUGUUGGACAUGGAGGGUACCGGGUUCCAUCUUCCUGAAGCUAGGGUGGCACGAGAGCGAAGAAGAUUUGCAACCGAGGAAGAACAAGUGGAGAGCGUAUAUGAAGGAGGAGAGUCACCCAUACCCACUCUUCAACCUAUUCACCCACAGUUCAACAAUGCAAGGGACUACUGAGUUGAAGCAAUGAUAGCGGCAAUCCUUCACAAUCAAGAAAGAGAGAAUGAAGCACGACUCCGCAUUAUGGCAUGCAUUCUUGCGAUCAUGAAGAAGAUUAACAUUGUGAUUGAAGAUGUACCGACCCAAUUUGAUAACUCCGCUCCCCUUGCACUACUCCAAAAAGAAGAAGAAGGACCCUCCGAGGAGAAUUGAGUACUAGGCAUCCAAGGUCUAAGUUCUAUCUUUUCUUUUUCUUUGUCUUUCUUUAUUUUAAUUAAACAAUGUUUAAUUUUUGCUUUAUUUUUCAUUUUGCUUUUCGUAAUUUACAUUCUCUAGCAUUAGUAGUAUUAGUUCUUAUAUUAUUUAUCUAGUUAUCGUACCUAUAGGUUAUAACUCUUCAUCUUCUUCCUCUCUCUCUCUCUCUCUCUCUUAUGCGCUUUAUCCUUUUGAAAAAUACUAGGAAGACAAAGACCUACAGUUGUGUACCUUCACCAACACACAACCCAACCUAUGGUAACCUUCAUGAUCUUUUCUUAGGAAAAAAUCCAAAAGUACCACUGUUUAAAAAAAAAAUUUCAAAAAUACCACCCAACCCCAAAAAUUUCCAAAAAUACCACCCUUUUUCAAAAACCGCCACCUCACCCUGCGGUUUACACGAAAACCGUUUGUCGGAGGCGCGGUUUUCUAUGCAAACCGCGGGCCUAGGGAGCGGUUAUAAAAAAAAAAAUUUGACCAAACCGCUGGGUGGGGUGGCGGUUUGACCCAAAACCGCCACCCCACCCAGCGGUUUGGUCCAAUUUUUUUUUUUUUUUUUCGAUCAACUCCUAACUUCGGCCGAAACUUCAAAUGAACGUAACUUUUCACUCGGGUAUCCGAUCGUAGCGAUUUUUUUUUCCAUUUCGCAUAAAUUUUCAAGAUCUACAACUUUUACUAGGAUGAAAUUUUCAAAAAAGGAACUAUUUGUGGAUAUACGGGACCUUGGGAAUAACUUUACCUUUACUUUUCACAAAUCCAUGUAUAUUUUGAAAUUAUGAUUAUAUUAAAAGUUGUAGAUCUUGAAAAGUUAUGUUGAAUCAAAAAAAAUUUCAUGACAUUCGGAUUUUGGAGCACAAAGUUAUGGCCGCCUAAAGUUUGACGAAAUCAAAAAAAGGCUCGUUCGGGGUGGCAAAUGACGUUUUUUCGAGACGAAGGCGGGACCCGGCGAUUUGUGGCUUGCAAGAUCUCAAAAAGUUAUUCGGAUUCAAAAAAUGGAGGCCCCAAAGUUUGACGAAAUGGAGGCCGCAAAGUUAUUCGGAUUCAAAAAAUGGAGGCCCCAAAGUUUGACGAAAUGCGAGACCCGGCAGUAUGCGGCUUGCAAGAUCUCAAAAAGUUUGCGGCCUCCAUUUUUUGAAUCCGAAUAAAUUUUUGAGAUCUUGCAAGCCGCAAACUGCCGGGUCCCGCCUUCGUCUCGAAAAAACGUCAUUUGCCACCCCGAACGAGCCUUUUUUUUAUUUCGUCAAACUUUGGGCGGCCAUAACUUUGUGCUCCAAAAUCCGAAUUUCAUGAAUUAUUUUUUGAUUCCACAUAACUUUUCAAGAUCUACAACUUUUAAUAUAAUCAUAAUUUCAAAAUAUACAUGGAUUUGUGAAAAGUAAAGGUAAAGUUAUUCCCAAGGUCCCGUAUAUCCACAAAUAGUUCCAGUUUUGAAAAUUUCAUCCUAGUAAAAGUUGUAGAUCUUG